UCAAAGCGCAGCGAUAAGAGGAGUAACUACAGCGAGUAAAAAUAGAUGCAGCGUAGCUCACAUCACUGACUGAACUGAUGCCCUGUAGCCUGAGAGCCUCGUGUCAGAGAGACUCUGUGUUUUCUUCGUAACAGACGGAGGACACAACAAUGUUAGAUUGUAAUCUAAUAGUUCCGGUCGUGGUCCUGUCUCUGGCAUUGCUCCUCUCUCUUUGUCUCAAUGUCGUAUUCUACGUUAAACGUAGAGCUUUCUGCAGAGAUAAAGAUAACUGCUGCUCAUCGCACAACUUUGAAGAAGAAAGCCUUACUCAGGCAGAUGAGCAUUACUUUCAUGACCUCGUGAAUCAUCAUGAGCAGCAGGAAAAUCCCCACGAUUAUCACGAACAGCUGGAAAAUCCAAUCUACGGUAACAUCAGCGUAGACAGAAGAGAGCCUUGUUACGAGACGAUGACGAAGCAGAAAACAAGAGAUGGUCUGACGCGUUUGGAGCCUGACCUGAAUUACGCCUCACUGGAUCUGAAGGUGGCAAAGAAACGCAGGAAGCACCGGCACCUCGGCCAGGGGCCGAGCGGCUGCCAGGACCAGCUGCUGGUCCACCAAAGCGAUUUCCUCGAGGUGGAAGCAGACAUGGACGCCCACCUUCCCUCCAGAGACACCAGCACCAUGGUGUCACACAGCAGCAUCUACCUGAACAGCCAGCAGAUCGCCCAGGAGGCCGAGGAGAUCGAGAGGGAGAGGAGCGCCGACACGGAGAGCGACGGCGCGGCCUGGGAGGGCGCGAGGAGGCAGGACGAUGUGGGAAGUAGGAAAUGGAGGGAGAGAAGGAGCCAGGAGAGCGGAGAUAGACAGGACGAUGGGGAUCAGACUGCGUGUACGCAGCUCCCAGAGGGGAACGAGGCUCAGAGAGGCACAGAGUCGUUUAACAGCAGCUUCAACGUCGACAGCGACCAACAACGUUAGGCAAUCGUUAUAUUUAGGCUGAUUUCAAACUGAAAAAGCAAACUGAUUAAACUAAACUAUUGUCUAUUACUGCAUCACCAACAAUUAAAACUAUUUAAUUUUCAAUUUUUCAGCAAAGUUUCCACAGUUGAGCAACUUCCUCUGUGAUGCAAACCAGCUCCAUCUACACUGAGCAACUGAAGAGAAGAAAGGGAGGACGGAAUAAACAGAAAAGGAAGCUGACAUUUAGAGGUCAGGGGUCAUGUGGAAAUUCUCAAUUUGCUGUGAAGGAUUAGGAAACAAUUACUUUUGAUUGUUUUGUCUCAAAGUCAUUCAUCAACACACGUCUCAAAGGUGUUAAGGGGAAAGAAGCUUUCUGGGUUUCCAUGCUACAGAUAAUGGCUCAACACAUGUGUUUGUCUUCCUCUCACGCGUCUGAUUAGAUGUAAAAAUCAAUGGCAUCAAAGUGAGGCCUAGUGUGUCUUUUCCAUGUGGGCAUUGUUGUAUGCAAAUCUAACCCACAGACGAUUUUUCCAUGUGAGAGUCAUGAUAAUGGUCAGUAUAGCAUUUUUGUGAUCCCCUGCCUUUUGAAAACACCAUCAGUUUGCAUGAUGAUUUCCCAGCUGAGGAUAAUUUACUGCGUUGAGCGGGGGGAGCGUGAGUCAGAGGCCUGCAGCACACUAACCUCCUAUCAGACACUUCUUCAAUAGAUGACCGUGACCUAGUUUCCCUCUACGUGAUGGAUGGAUUUUCUUCCUCGAUGGAGUCUUUGCAAAAAACGCGCACAAGCAGCUGAGCUCUAUUAGUAAGUGACAGUGCUUACACUGUGUAACAUGUCGUCUACAUGACAUUUGAGCCUGUUUGUUGCCUAAUGGAUAUUUCCUCGAUCGCUUGGGGUGACGCAGUAAUAGACUUAUUUCAUCUCAAUUCAAAAUUGCACUUUUGAAAUGUAAGCUUUUAUGGUUUGCUGCAAUGACAGAAGGAAACCCAGGUUCAACCUUUCUCUUUGCAAAGUGAAAGACUUCUGUCAGGAAGUAGAACUGCUGUACAUAUAAAUGAUGUUAAGUUAUGGUUCAAUAGAGAGCAACAUGUUAAAUAAACAGCUGAGAGUC